GCCCGGGGCCCGGGCGGUUGCGGAGGGGGGGACGCGGCGCGGGGCGCAGAGGGGCGGCCGGCGCCCGAGGCCAGGGUGCACUUCCGAGUGACGAGGUUCAUCAUGGAGGCAGUCUAUUGGAUGCCAUUUAAUCUUCUCAUUGUGAACUUAUAUUGGUUCUGUGACCCAAUGCCGUGAUUUCCUUAGGAGCUGUCCAGAGGCGGGGCCGGGGCGGAGGCUUUCCCCUCUGCUGUCAUCUUGGCAGGAUUUUUGUUAGGUGUCAAGCUGGGGAUGCAGUCCAUUCCCAUCGCCACUGCUUGUACCAUUUACCAUAAGUUCUUUUGUGAGAUCGACCUGGACGCCUACGACCCCUACUUGGUUGCCAUGUCUUCCCUUUACUUGGCCGGCAAAGUGGAGGAACAGCACCUGCGCACUCGUGACAUCAUCAACGUAUCCAACAGGUACUUUCACCCAGGCAGUGAACCCUUGGAGCUGGACUCCCGCUUCUGGGCGCUCCGGGACAGUAUAGUGCAGUGCGAGCUCCUCAUGCUCAGAGUCCUGCGUUUCCAAGUCUCCUUCCAACACCCACACAAGUACCUGCUCCACUACCUGAUUUCCCUCAAGAACUGGCUGAAUCGUUACAGCUGGCAGCGGACCCCCGUUUCCGUCACUGCCUGGGCCCUGCUGCGGGACAGCUACCAUGGGGGGCUGUGCCUCCGCUUCCGGGCUCAGCACAUAGCCGUGGCAGUGAUCCACCUGGCCCUGCAGGCCUACGGGGUCGAGGUGCCCGCCGAGGCCGAGGCCGAGAAGCCGUGGUGGCAGGUGUUUAGUGACGACCUUACCCAGCCAAUCAUUGAUAACAUUGUGUCUGAUCUCAUUCAGAUUUAUACCAUGGACACAGAGAUCCCCUAAGGCCCUGGGCCAGGCCUGCCCAAAGAGAAGCCCGGGAUGCUCAGCUGCCUGGGGAUGGCACCACCGCAUCGCCGUGACGGCUGGUCCCCAGACGACCAGCUGGGAGGACUGGUUUUGUGCUGCUGGAGACGGGCUGGCGAAGGCGAUGACCUGCAGCCGCUUUGGUUCUCAUGCUUUGACUGUCCCUGGCAGCUGCGGUCCGGACGGUGACGGGAGCUGUGCCUCCUGCGGGCAGGCCGGGGUGCGCCAGGGGAGGGGCCCCCAAGGCAUCCGUGUCUGCUUUUGUCCUUUGAGAGGACACCAACUGCAGUUGAAUGUGGAAUCAUUGGAAGGAAAAAUCAAAGAACACAUGAGACUGCACUCUUGGGGAUUUUUUUAACGCCAGAUUUAUAGGAAGUAUGAAUGUGCAACAUAGAUGGAAUUUUAUUUUGUGUAAUAAAAGAUGAUGCAAAUCAA